AUGGCUUUUAACCCAAAACACACAGCCGGACUGAAUCAAGAACCCAUUCAGUGUCUCAUCUUUGAAUUGUCCCUCACAGGCUUCAAAGAUUCAGCGUUCAUGAUGGUGAACACAUCAGGCCGGGUCUCUGGUCAGCGAGCGCAGCUCUACAUGGCGCAGUUCAAAGAGAACGACACCCACUGCGUCAUAUUCGAGUAUUACAGCGCCAGUCGAGAGGGUUCGAGCCCUGGCCAGCUCCUCAUCUACGUCAUGGAGAACAACAGUCCUCUGGGCAUCGCCGUGUGGAACUCGUCCGGUCCGGCUCUGAAGAAAUGGCAGCAGGUUGAGCUGGCCAUCAGCACCUUCUGGCCCAAUUUCUACCAGGCACUGGACCGUCUCUGGAGCUGCUGCUGCGUCUUCAGCUCUGGCAUAGACACAAGAUCCUCCAUGCACAAUAUGAGGAGGAGGAGAAGAGAAGUCGUGUCCUCAGCCGUUACUGAAAUAACUCACUCUGUUGCGGUUGUGUUUUAUUCUCAGGGUGGACGCGAGGCUCCUAUGAAGGACACCAAACCCGUGAACUCCAGACGCUACACCGCCACCUUUGACAUCGUCAACACCACCAAAAGAGACUCGGGACGCUACCGCUGCAUCGUCCGCUCCGAGAAAGGAGUCGGAGUGUCCAGUUAUGGAGUUCUGGUGGUCAAACAGCCUCCGAUCCCCAUCGCUCCUCCUCAGCUGACGGCGGUCGGCGCCACCUACCUGUGGAUCCAGCUCAACGCGAACUCCAUCAACGGCGACGGGCCGAUCGUGGAGAAGGAGGUGGAGUACCGCACGCUUUCCGGAAGCCUGAUCGACAGCCAGCCGGUCGACAAACCCAACCACAAGAUCGGCCACCUGGACCCCGACACCGAGUACGAGAUCAGCGUGCUGCUCACCAGACCCAACGAGGGCGGCACCGGGGCCCCGGGGCCCCCGCUCAGGGCCCGCACCAAGUGCGCAGAUCCCAUGCACGGCCCUCGGCGGCUGCAGGUCGUCGACAUCAAAUCCAAGCAGUUGACGGUGCGCUGGGAGCCGUUUGGAUACAACGUGACGCGCUGCUACAGCUACAAUCUGACGGUGCAGUACCGCUACACGGCUAACGGUAAAGAGGAGACGCGCGAGGAGACAUGCUACGAUACUCUGAACGCCGCGCCGCAGCACACCAUCCGCAGCCUGCAGCCCUACACCAACGUCAGCAUUAAACUGCUGCUGCGCAACCGCGAGGGAGUCAAAGACAGCCAGGAGCUCCGCGUGCUGACCGACGAGGACGUUCCCGGCGCCGUUCCGCAGCAGUCCAUCCAAGGAAGCACGCACGAGGAGAAGAUCGCGCUCAGAUGGAGAGAACCGCUCCAGACGUACGGCAUAAUCAAACAGUAUGAAAUCUUCUAUAAGGCCGUCAGCUCCUUCGACCCUGAGUUUAAUCUGUCCAAUCAGAGCGGGAAGGUGCUGAAGCUCAGUAACGAGACGUCUCACGUCUUCACGGCUCUGUAUCCCGGAUCCACGUACUCCUUCACCAUCAGAGCCAGCACCGUCAAAGGAUACGGACCCCCCACCAUCACACAGUUCACCACCAAGAUCUCACCGCCGCAGAUGCCGGGAUACGAGCAGGAGACGCCGCUGAAUCAGACCGACAGCACGGUGACUGUUCUGCUGAAACCAGCCCGGAGCCGCGGAGCACCGGUUAGUGUGUAUCAGGUGGUGGUAGAAGAGGAGCGUCCGCGUCGUUCUCGGAGAGCCGCUGAGAUCCUGCGCUGUUACCCGAUUCCCAUCCACUUCCAGAACGCGUCCGUGCUGAACUCGCAGUAUUACUUCACCGCAGAGUUCCCAGCCGCUCGCAUCCAGACGCCGCUGCCCUUCACCGUCGGAGACAACCGCACCUACGACAGCUACUGGAACCUUCCUCUGCUGCCACACAAGAGCUACAGCGUCUACUAUCAGGCCGUCAGCACAGCCAACGGGGAAACUAAGAUCGAUUGUGUUCGCGUGGCCACUAAAGCUGCCAUUAUUGUGACUCAGCUCACCACGCCGUAUGUGCGUAUCGCACCCGCUGCCGGCGACAGCCAACUAACAGGUGCCGCGACCCGGAAGCCUGAUGCCGUGGAACCCGAGAAACAGACGGAUCACACGGUGAAGAUCGCCGGCGUCAUCGCUGGCAUCCUGCUCUUCGUCAUCAUCUUCCUCGGCGUGGUGCUGGUCAUGAAGAAGCGGUAA